AGGUGAUGGAGACCACUGUGAAGGAUCACAAGCAGCUCCAGCAUCAGAUAGUGACGUGACGAGAAACUUUUCCUGCUCAGAUUGUGGCCAUAAAUUCACUCGGAGGGAACAUUUAAAAAGGCACACAAGAAGGCACACUGAGCACAACAGUAGGUCCGGGAAAAAGAGGACGUCUGGUCACCCUACUUUUGUCCGCCUCCAAACACAAUCACGUGUCCACAGUUAAGUGAAGUCUCACUUGCGGAACUUGACUGCCGAUGAACAAGCUCUCCUUUGAGACAGAAAACAGCAUGAAGGAUACAUUUUGCAUUUCAAAUUCACUAUUCGGAUCUGGAGGACAACAAGAAUGUGGCGCUUGCUAUUUCAUCAGCAUGCAGUCGGUCAUAGGAAUGAUUGUCUCUGAUAUCGUCUUGACAAUCUUCAUUGCGGUUUCUGUCUUCUACUUGCUAAUACUCCACAAGAAAAGAACACAGGAAAAUGCAAAAACGCAUGGACAACCCGAACCGGAUGAGAUAACAGAAUCUCCCUAUCAGGAAUUACACGGAAUUCAAUCGGAUGUGUAUAGUGAACUUCAACACUUCAGGAAAUGAAACUUGUAUUAACUUUUUGAAUUGUACCGUCCUAUUUUGAUCUCAUAGAUUAUAUGUUUCCAUAUGGGCUACAAAUUUAUUUAGCACUGAUAAUACUCAUGUAUGAUAGUUAUGUAAAGAGAGAGAGACAAUAAAUGAAAAGAAAACAAAGCUUACACCAUUUUAUCCCAUAUGCAUUUAUUUUUUUUCAGACAAUUAUCAGCUAAAUUAUUCUCUUGGCUCACAUUUAGCUAAAAAAAAAAAUGAGCGUGAAUGCUUUUCUAUCUCCAUUUGUGCCCUGUGAUUGGCUCCCAACCAGUCUGGGUAGAGUCUGCCUUUUCUCAGCUUGGAGAAGCUCCCACUGGACGGCCUAAAGACGAUCAUACAGAUAAUGAAUUAACAAGCUGUCAUUUUGUUCUUUUUGUGUCUUCUUUUCGUAUAAUUUCAAUGUAUACUCUUUGUUUUGCAAAUGUAAUUCUUUGUUCCAUUGAAUUUGAACCUUGUUCCCUUUCCCAGUGCCUUGAAAAGAGUCUAAAUCUGGGCAACAACUGGAACUGGCUGAUCUGCUGACAGUGAGUCAACCGAUGGGUGCGACUGAGUCACAGAAAAUGGGAAAAAAUGAUAAAUAAAACACCAAGAGGUUGACCUAAAAAUAUGUCCCAGAAUUAGAUGAAGGCAGAAGAAUGUUCCCAUCAAAAGUCUUGGGUCAAUUGGAUGUGUUUCCGAACUGGCAAAUGAUCUUGUUUCUGAGGGAACAUUUAGCUAAAGCACUUAGACUCAAAAUUCAAACUCACCAUCAUGAACAUCCAGUUCUCUGCUCGUGUCCAACGAGCGGACCCCUUCAACGGACGUUGUCAUCUGGAGACUCGUGUCUUGGACAGGCAGCCUGCUCGGCACGUUCAUGGCAUCAGUAACGGCCUCCUCACUGUUCGGAUCGACUCGUUCUCCACAUUGUUGAUUUUGAGCUCGUCUCCUGCUCGCAAGCGGCGCUCCCGGUCGUCUGGGAGGUGGAGCUUUGUCUUCCACCUUUGAUUGAGGAGCCUCGUCGCUGUCAAGGUCUUUGGAAGCAGUGACAAAACGUUGAUUUCACACCUUCAAGGUAGAAUCUACAUCCUUAUAAUAAUGAUUGGGUUUCAAAUGGGAAAAUAGGACAAUUAGAUUUUUGGAAACUGAUAUUUUAGAAUGACUAAUAGUUUAAUACAAUAGUAAUCCAAUUAUGUUAAUUAAUUUUGUGUUUUUUCCAAGAUUUCGAUGCAUUUUUAAGUUCUUUUCCACUUCAUGUUAAUCAAUUUUAAUUGUGUUUAUUGUUACACAUUAACCUGAAAUUUUGCUUAUUCCACAUGAUACUCUUGUGUCCAACUUUUUUUAAUGUGUGAAAUUAUAAAGUAUACACAACAUAACUAUUUGAUCAUCGUUAAAGCUGUACCUUUGCUUUCCCCGCCAAGGUUCGCAUCAGACACCUUUGGUUCUGCAAUUAUGAAUAUUAUUACUAUUAAUUUGAUCUGAAGUUCAAAAUAUUUUCAGCAUUUUUCAUUUAUUAAACACCUGUAAUUGUCUCUUGGUUGGCGCUUUCCAAAGACUGAUCCUCUGAAAGAUCUGGAAAUGAAUGUUGAAAAAAAAUCAGUUCAUAUUACUUUCAUUCUGAUUCAUAAACUGUAGGAGUAUCGAGUACAGUACCUUGAGAAUCUUGUCCUUUCUCUGGUUCACUUGGCGGGUUUCUGUGCCCUGCGAAAGAUGACUCAUAACAUCAUGAUUUUAAAAAAAAAAUCAUGUCACAAGCAUAACAAAA